CAUUGCAAGCCGCGGUCACACUGGUGUGCAUUGUUUUCCGUCGCGUGUGAAAACUGCCGAGUGUGUAAAAACUGCAGAUUUAUUGAAAACUUCUGCAAUUGGUUGAAAGUUCUUUGCUAACAAGAUGAAGUUCCGCGCACUGAUGCAAGAUCCGCUGUACAUGAAAGAGUUCCAGGCUAUUGUGGCCACUUUGACCAAGUUGGCGAAAGAUUGCGUGAUGAUUCUGGGCUCUCGACAGAUGCAUUUUAUCGUGAACGAGGAUCAGAGCUCCUCUGCAUCGCCCUUGGUUUGGGCAGGAAUUGCAGCCAAGGAGUAUUUUCCGGAGUAUCGCAUGGAGUCUGCUCACCCGGAUCAGGAGUACAUAGUUCUAGACAUGUCUUCGGCGAAUCUCGGAAGAGCUUUAUCUGUGCUUCGCGGCGGAGGCGUUAACAGCUGCAAAUUAAAGCUGCAAAGGAUUCAGUUUCCGUGCAUUUCGGUAAUUGCUUCGGUGCUUACAUCGUCUUCAACAGAAGCCCGUGAAGUGGUGCACGAUGUUCCAGUGACUAUAAUCCCGGGCAGCGAUUGGUCUGCCUACGUGUUACCAAGUGUUCCGAAUUCGCAGUUGGCCUUAGGGCUACCAAGCCUAAGAUUGCUUAAAAGUCUUAUUGACAAGCUAAAGAAUAUAUCACCCAGCCUCGAGUUUCAGGCCAACUUGGACGGAGAGCUCAAUGUCAUAGCUACCUCUGAAAUGUCCACUGUGACUAGCCGAUUUCAGAAAUUACUAAUUCGAACUGUGGCUGGAUACGAGCGGGAAGCGUCCUGCUCCGUGGAUUCAAGAAAAGCCUCAGCCUUCUUCGGAGCACUGCAACUCCCUCACGAGGAACUAACCAUUGGGAUUGACCGUGAGCACUCCAUUCAUUUGCAAAUCGAUGUUCGACAAGAUGUUGUUUUGCACUCUGUUCUGCCAGCUGUUUGUAUAUAAAAAGUGCUGGUUAGCUAAGAUUUAAUAAAUGCGACUUGAUGUAUUGCCGUGUAA